AGUUCAGAAUGGAAGAUACGCAGGGAUGGACGGUCCUCAUGUGGUGCACAGGACGUUCGUUGCAGAACGGCAUAAUUUGAGUUCUCCAAGCAAAGUUCUCUCACAAGGAGGUAUUAGGUCAGAAGUACCUACCAGAUUGCAAGGAGACACAAGGGCGACAGCGCCAGGAAUCGAGGGCUCUCGAGUGCAAUAUCUGUCCACCACCCAUGGUGAUUGGAUCCGAGCGAAAGUGGUGAAUGUUGACUCUGGCGCCAAGCAAGUGCAGUUGGACAAGAAGCCAGGGGUCUGGUUCUCCCUGGCGGAUCCCAGGCUGAGGAUCAACCAGAAAGCAAAAGAGGCGGAGGCCGAAGUGGAUACCAAAGGUCUUCCGCCAGGAGGCAGAGUCCUUCUUCCUGCCGCGGUCCAAAGCGCGGACGAGGGCAAUUCUCGCCCGAGCCUGCUUUUCCCGGCACCUCGCCUGGCGGAGGCGAAUGCACCUGGUCUGCAGGCUGGAUCCAUGAGAGUCAGCGCUCCGUAUCCGAAGGCUGGAAGCUGCGGGCUUCCGGCUUCACCGACAUCUUCAAUUCCAUCCACGGCUAGCGCUCCUUUCUUGGCAGCAGCGAGAGAAGCCGCGACACAUAGUGUGCCUGCAGCCGCACCGGCAUCUCCAGUCAAGUCUGCGGUUGCUUCUUCAUCCUAUAUAGUGGGGCCAGCAAGAGAUUCGGCAGUGGCAGCCAGCAUGUCUGCUGCACCGGCAUCUCCCACCAAGCCUGCAGUUGCUUCUUCAUCCUAUAUAGUGGGGCCAGCAAGAGAUUCGGCAGUGGCAGCCAGCAUGUCUGCAGCACCGCCAUCUCCCACCAAGCCUGCAGUUGCUUCUUCAUCCUAUAUAGUGGGGCCAGCAAGAGAUUCGGCAGUGGCAGCCAGCAUGUCUGCAGCACCGCCAUCUCCCACCAAGCCUGCAGUUGCUUCGUCAUCCUAUAUAGUGGGGCCAGCAAGAGAUUCGGCAGUUGCAGCCAGCAUGUCUGCCGCACCGCCAUCUCCCACCAAGGCUGCAGUUGCUGGGUCAUCCAGGAAACUAGUUGACGCCUGCUCCGCUACUCCCGCACGGGAGACAUUGGCUGCAACGCGUGUGUCUGCCACGCGGGUGGUGCCAGCGAGCGUUGGCACUUCAGCCGGCACGUCUCCCAGGCUUCCUCGUUCUGCCUUGGGUGCUGCCCCGCAGGCUGUCAACGGAAGUGCGGCUGACCCGAGAUCCCCACUACGCAUUGGUGUAGCUGUGGGUCCAGCCUCGCCUACGUCCUCCGCAUCGCCCAAGGGCAGCGGCAAAGUGGCAAGUCCGAGCUCAGUCAGGAAUUUGCAGGCCAAGUCCUUCUUCAGAUGCCCAGAGUGUGGUGCCAUGGUCACGAGCAUCGACGAGGCUGUGGAGCACUGUGCGCAAGGCACCGGAGGCGUCGAGUCGGCGAGCCCCAGUCUGCCUCAAGGCGAGACCGUGGCGCUGGAUGAGCACGGCAGGCCGCUGAUCGUGAGGGUGGCCAAAGACUCCGGGGAGGCAGAGACCUUGGUACGACUGCCUGACAGACAGGCGGUCUUUGACGGCGAGUCUGUGAAGAAGUUACGGGACGCUUCAGAAGAAGAAAAUGCCAAGUUCCUGGAAGGCCUCAGCAAUGCAGAGCUGCGGGGUUUCGUGCACGAGGUCGGCCAGCGGCUUCUGAAGGGCUCGCAGCUCUAUCACAGCAGACUGGCCGAGCUGGACAGGCUGGGCGAGGCGGCCAAUCUCCAAUUCUUCGGGCUCGACGGCGGCGCCACCAUGCGGGAUCUGGACAACGCGUACCGGAAGCUUGCCAAGAAGAUGCACCCGGACAAGAACGGGGGCACGGAGGUGGCAAAGCAAAGGUUCCAGGCAAUGAAGGAAAGGUACGAGGCCUUGAAGAAGAAGCUGGGUGAGGACAGUGACGACAAGGACGGAAGUGAAGGCAAAGAUGAAUGCGAUGAGAAGACUGACGAAGAGAAGAAGGAGGAGACUGAGGAGAAGAAAGAGGAGGACUCCAAGAAAGAAGAUGGCAAGUCCAUUGAGUAUGAUCCCGCAGACAAGGAGUCCAUGGUCACUACUCUGGUCAGAAUGGCAAGCCAGUUGAAGAACAUUGAUAUUCAGAUGGUCGUCUUGACGAAGGAGUUGACUCGGGUACAAUCGCUACUUCCCAAAGGGAUGUGAGUAGCACACCGACACUGCAAUUUGUAGUUGCGUUGGUGGACCGCAUGUCGCUUUUGCGCGCUUUGGCCUGAAGGCCGGCCGUGCAACAUGCAAACGCAUUGCAUUG